UUCAUUGAGUGCAAUGACGUCCAUCAUUCUAUCUUUGUCACUAAUGAGUGACAAAUUGAAUGUUAAAUAAAGAUAGAAUGACGCUCGCGUCGUUGCGAGUGUUAAGUGGAACGUGCCAUUGAAGCUUUCGCAUUAUUUUGCACUUGCUUAACCUCAAUAACUCUCGGAAUAAUAUGUAAUAUUAUUGUCGAUAAUAUUGAAAGCAAUAAUAAAGAACAGCAAAUUUUGUAAAAAUGUAAUUCAAUUCUCGUUAUAUUUACUCGAAAACUCAAAGUAGCUCAUAAAAUCUGUUUCUAUAACCUCUUAUCGUAUAUACACUUAAUCUCAGAGUGUUUUAUGACACGUGGUGUGUUCAAGAAAUAAAUAAAAUCUGAACGAAUUUUACGUAUGGCAAAUAUGCCUUCUUUGUGCGAUAUGGAUAUCGAAGACUUUGGCGAUUUUAUUACAUCAUUGGAACUAAUUCCCAAAGAGAAGAGACACUCGAAGGAUAUCAAGAUACGAAGGAUAUCAAGAAAGCAAGAACCUCAGGAAGUGCCGCAACCGUCAAUCUUAUCGAGUAUAAUACCUGGUACGCAAACGAUCUAUGUGAAGACAUGGGGUUGCACCCAUAAUAGUUCAGACGCCGAGUAUAUGGCUGGUCAACUUGCCAGCCAGGGUUACAAUCUGACCGAUGACAAGCUCAAAGCAGAUCUGUGGCUCCUGAAUUCAUGCACAGUCAAGAGUCCCGCAGAGGAUCAGUUUAGAAAUGAGAUUGAGAAAGGGAAGAAAUGGGGCAAACACAUCGUGGUCGCGGGUUGCGUGCCACAAGGUGCUCCAAAGUCUUCUUUUCUCAAGGGAUUGAGCAUGAUCGGUGUGCAACAGAUUGAUCGAGUGGUGGAAGUUGUGGAGGAAACAUUGAAGGGUCACACGGUAAAGUUUUUGCAGACCAAGAAGGAUUCCAAGGGUAAGAAGAUAGGUGGUUCUACGCUAAAUUUGCCGAAGAUACGAAAGAAUUCGCGGAUCGAGAUCAUAGCUAUUAGCACGGGAUGUCUGAAUCAGUGCACCUACUGCAAAACGAGACAUGCGCGAGGACAGUUGGGAAGUUAUCCACCGGAUGAGAUCGUUGCGCGAGCGGCGCGAGCGUUCGAAGAAGGAGUUUGCGAGUUGUGGAUCACAUCGGAGGACACCGGUGCCUACGGUAGAGACAUCGGCACCAAUUUACCGGAGCUGCUGUGGCGACUGAUCGAUGUGAUCCCUGAGAGUUGCAUGAUGCGCGUCGGUAUGACCAAUCCGCCAUACAUUCUGGAACAUCUCGAUGAGAUGGCCAAGAUUCUGAGGCAUCCCAGAGUCUACAGCUUUCUGCACAUUCCGGUGCAAUCCGGCAGCGAUCAGGUGUUGGCGGACAUGAAACGCGAGUAUAUACGCGCCGAGUUUGAACACGUGGUAAAUUACUUGAAGGAACGAGUGCCAGAUCUGACAAUCGCCACGGACAUUAUCUGCGGCUUUCCUAGCGAAACGGAGGAGGAUUUCGAGGAGACACUGACACUAUGCCGGGAGUACAAGUUCCCGAGUCUCUUCAUCAAUCAGUUCUUCCCCCGGCCUGGCACGCCCGCCGCCAGAAUGACGAGAGUACCCACGCAACAAGUUAAGGCGCGGACAAAAAGGCUGACGGAACUGUUUUACUCCUAUGAACCGUAUGGAGAAGAGGUUGGGAAGCUGUGCAACGUACUGGUGACGGAAGUGGCGCAUGACAACCUACAUUACGUAGGCCACAACAAAUUUUACGGGCAAGUAUUGUUGCCUAAAAGAGAGGAAUAUAUGGGAAAGAUGAUCUUGGUGAGAAUUACCGAAGCAACCAAAUUCUCGAUGAAAGCGGAAUGUGUUGAAGAAUGCCCUCCAGGAUACAGGAUUCCUUCUCUAUCAUCUCCUCCAUCGCAAAGAAUCGCUUCCGGAGUAGCGAGUGAAGUAAAACCACCGAUAUAUAUGACAGCGACAUUUUUAAUGAUUUUUCUCGCUGUAAUACUCAGAAUGCUAUGGAAAUGCUUGUGUUAUUACAAAAUUUUCUGACUAGAUAAUUUAAUACUAUAUUAUAUAUCGAUUAUGGGAAUUAUGUAAAAUAGGUUUUCAUAUAUGAAUCAUAGACGCGUAUGAUCUCACGAAAAUAUUUAUUCAACACAAACACGAUUCUUGUUAUUGACUUUGAAUGAAAUAUAAAAAUGUAAGUAUGCGAAAGAAACACUAUACUUAAUUGACAAUCAGGAACGUACCCUAAACGGGCUUACAAUGUUGAUUAUUUUAACGCAGAUACACCAGUACUUUUUCGUAGACACUCGUGUCUUUAAAAAUCGGUCUAAUUCCAAGUUGGAAAUUUCAAGUUGUGUGAAAUAAUACAUAAUUGAGAAUA